AUAUAAAUGUAGAUAAACACAAAAGGGUGGUUCUCUCCAUUUUUCAGUACUACCUACAGCUAGUAUGCGCUAAAAUGAAGAAAGCAGCCUCGCCGGGAACCAUAGCACUGCACGGAAAACCAGCCCAAUUCGCCGCAGAAUGCUGGUUCGACGACGUUUGCAUCCUCGACAUGGACUACUUCGUAAAAACCCUCUCCGGCAUUAAGGCCAAAGGCGUCCGCCCCGACCUAAUCGGCUCAAUUAUCGCCCAUUACGCCUCCAAAUGGCUGCCGGAGCUCUCCGGCGACAGCGCCGGCACCCAGAAGGACAUGACUUUAACAAAAGGAUCACCGGAGAGCGUGACGGCAUCGUGGAUGAAGAAGCGGUUCUUCGUGGAAACCCUGGUGGGAAUUCUCCCGCCGGAGAAGGACUCCGUCGCCUGCAACUUCCUCCUGCGACUGCUCCGUACAGCGAACGUGGUCGGGGUGGAGCCGGAUUACCGGGCCGAGCUGGAGAAGCGGGCGGCGUGGCAGCUGGACCAGGCUUCGCUCGUGGACCUAAUGAUACCGUCCUUCAGCUACACGUGUGGGACGUUGCUGGACGUGGAACUCGUGACUCGGUUGGUGAAGCGGUUUCUGAGUUUGGAUGAGGCGGUUAGGAGCGGCGCCGCCCUGGUGAAGGUGGCGAAGCUCGUCGACUGCUACCUUGCGGAGGCGGCGGUGGACUCCAACUUGACGUUGCCGGAGUUCAUUGCCCUCGCCGGAGCUCUCCCCGGCAAUGCCCGUGCCACGGAUGAUGGAUUAUACAGAGCCAUUGAUACCUAUCUGAAAGCACAUCCUGCUGUGUUGAAGCAUGAGAGGAAAAGCAUGUGUAAAUUAAUUGAUAGUCGAAAGCUCUCACCAGAGGCAUCACUUCACGCUGCGCAAAAUGAGCGGCUACCAGUGCGAGCAGUGAUUCAGGUGCUAUUCUCAGAGCAAACUAAGUUGAAUCAACACAUAGAGUGGAGUGGGUCUUUCAGUGGAUUGCGUAGCCCUAACCCCACUAUCGGGCUAGAGCGAUUUCCAGUGAGGUGCCUAUCGAAGCGAGAGGCGACAACAGGCCAACACAUGGAGAUAAAGAGGCUAAGAGAAGAUGUGUUGAGGUUGCAGAGGGAGUGCAACAUAAUGCAGGGGCAGAUAGAGAGGCUACAACAUGCAGAGAAAAAGAAAGGGUUUUUCUUUUUCUCAUGGAGGAAGUUGAUUGGGUUAAACCCUAAUUCAUUGAAAACUAGUAACAAUGGAGGUAGUUCUUUGGGUGACCAGAGGAUUAAUGAGGAGGGUAGUGAGGAAGAAGGAUUUGGGAGACAAACACCAAUGGGGAUGAUGAAAAAGAAGUUGAUGGUGAGGGGUACUGGUACUCCUUAUAGGUGGAGGAACUCUACGUCUUGAGAAACAAGUACAAGGUAGGGACAAUUAUCCCAUGUGGUAUGAUUUAAAACCAAUUGAUUACAAGAUGUUAUAUUAAUGUACAUGUUUGGACGCAUAAAAGUUAUGGAGACUUACAUUAUUAGGAUCCACAUGUAACUCUUGCAAUUGGUGGGCUCCAAAUCGUAUGUGAAGGAAUGAUUUCUUACAACUUUAUAUUGAGUUUUAUACAUAAAUUGAGGAAAAAAAAAAACGUUAUGGUGA